AUUCCAAAGGUAGGUUCACAUCAAUGCAGCCUAUAGGAUUGAUAUUGUUCUGUAAACGAAUCUCAGGCGAUGUACACGCAGUCUCAGCCCACCGUCACCCUUCGUCUUCAUGCUCCACUCUUCACAUACACCUGGACCAUCAUGGUCUUGCUUUGUCGACGUAGAGCCCGUCCAAAGAUACCAGUCACUUUUAUGGAAAUAUCAACGAUGAACAAAGGGCAAAUAAUUCUUUAUGCUGGUACACGUGGGCUAAGCAGUACUUUAACUUGACUUUAACUCUCACUGCAUUCAUCCGACGACGCUCAUCCUCUUUCCUUCGACGAGAUUAUACUACUAUUCCUAUUACUGAACCGACACAAAAUGCCCAUUCGCGUCCCUGAUUACUCUAAUGAAGAAGGACUCAGAUCGGUGGUCUCCCAAAUGGCCAAUUGGCUGAUGCGGCUGGGGACUACGAUGAUGUCGACACAGAAGAUGACAGCGAAGAC